AUGUUUUCUAAAUCGGUAUUAGCAUAUGGGCUUCUUUUGCUCAGUUCAUUUUCCUUCGCUGCCCAGGACCAGUCACCCUGGUUCGCUCACUAUAACCCGUCAGCAGCAUCGAAAUGGGCUGCUGCAUUGAACCGCGCCGGGACCAUGACGCCGCAGAUGACUUCAGAGGAACUCAAUAAUGUCACGUACGGCUUCAGUUCGGCAUGCAGUGGUAUGACCGGCUCAGUCCCUAGAGUCGGCUGGGACGGUCUGUGUAUGAAUGAUGCAGGGGAGGGUGUUCGCGGCACCGACCUCGUCAACGCAUAUGCCGAAGGAAUCAGCAUUGGCGCGAGCUGGAAUGCUGAGCUUGCGUACGAGCGUGCCCGUUACAUGGGUGCUGAGUUUCGGAGAAAGGGCGUUAAGGUAGCUCUUGGGCCAGUGAUUGAGCCAAUCGGGCGUACAGCACUAAAUGGCAGAAAUAUGGAAGGCUUCGGUGCUGAUCCUUCGCUUGCUGGAAAGCUCGCUGCGGCCUCUGUGCGUGGCCUCCAGGCAUCUGUCAUAGCAUCGGUAAAGCAUUUCGUCGGCUAUGAGCAGGAGCUUGAUAGGAUGCCUAUUGGCGGAAAUCCGGUCUCAGUAUCAUCCAACAUAAACGACAAAGACAUGCAUGAACUGUAUCUAUGGGCGUUUCAGGAUGCUGUUGCUGCUGGUGCUGCCAGUAUAAUGUGCUCAUACAACAGGGUUAAUCAAACAUAUGCAUGUGAGAAUGAUGCUGCGCUGAACGGUCUACUCAAGGGUGAACUGAAUUUCCCUGGAUUUGUUGUCUCCGACUGGUCUGGACAACAUUCAGGAGAUAGUGCGGCUGCUGGCCUCGACGUCGCCAUGCCAUCCUCCAGCUACUGGGACAAUGGACAACUUGUUGCGGCCGUCAAUAACGGGACACUGAGUAAGGAACGCUUACUGGACAUGGCCACCAGACAACUCGCUGCUUCAUACUACGUUUUUGGUGAUAUAACCUCGUCCCCCCCCAACGGCUAUGGACUAGUGACCGAUUACACAGCCCCCCAUCCUCUCGUCGACGGCAGAGAUCCAGCCAGCAAGCCAAACCGUUUGCAGCAAGCUAUAGAGGGCCAUGUACUCGUCAAGAACACGAACAACGCUUUACCACUACAGAAGCCAAAGAUUCUGUCUCUCUUCGGCUACGAUGGUCGGGCGCAAAUGGUCAACUCCCCGAGUUCCAACACCCUCUCUAACUACGGAUGGGCCUUUGGGACACAGGUUAUGAAUGCCAGCGUGGACACACUCCUGCAGGCGAUGGUAGGAGGCAAGGGAGACAUUCUACAAUCAGCUACAGGCGGAACUCUCUUCACUGGUCUAGGGAGUGGCGCCAGCACGCCAGCAUACAUCAGCGACCCAUUCUCGGCCAUAUCUGAUAGGGCCUAUGAUGAUGAUACCUACCUCUGGUGGGACUUCAAGUCAUACGAACCUCAGGUCAGUGCUAUAAGCGACGCUUGCUUGGUGUUCGUCAACGACGUAUCAACGGAAGGAGUGGAUAGAGCCGGCCUGGCAGAUCCAGUGUCGGACUCUCUUGUGUUGAAUGUUGCUGCAAAAUGCGCCAAUACCAUCGUGGUCAUCCACAACACGUACAUUCGCUUAGUGGAUGCUUUCUAUGACCACCCGAACGUCACUGCGAUAGUGUACGCCCACCUGCCGGGUCAGGACAGUGGGAGGGCUCUCGUGAAGCUUCUCUGGGGGGACAAGUCGCCAUCCGGAAAGCUUCCAUACACUGUUGCGAAGAAUGCAUCAGAUUAUGGCCAACUUCUGCAUGGGUCUGGCACACCAGUGAACAACUCACAAAGCGACUUCUCUCAACCAUCUCUUUUCGAUUACCGAUAUUUCCAAGCUAACAAUAUCGAGCCACGCUUUCCUUUCGGAUUUGGAUUGACGUAUACGACCUUCACGUAUGGGAAUAUCACCGUCUCUUCGACGGGCUUCCGAAACGCAUCCACGUCUCCACCGAACCCCAACAGGCGUAUUCCCGGUGGCGUGAAAUCGCUCUUUGACCCGCUGGUCAGCGUUAGUGUGACGGUGACCAACUCCGGCUCUGUCGAUGCUGCAGAGGUAGUGCAGAUCUACCUCCAGUUUCCUGGCGAGAAGACUCAUUUGCUGCGAGGGUUCAGGAAGAUUGAAAUCCCGCACGGGUCAACGCAGGAGUUUGCCAUUGACCUUAGCCGGCGUGACCUGAGCCGUUGGGACGUGACGUCGCAGCAAUGGUUGUUGCCGAACGGGACGACGACGAUCCUGGUCGGUGCCAGUUCGGCGGACAUUCGCGCCAGUGCUAUUUUGACCCGGUGA